ACACAAAUACACAUUAUUAUAACAGGAUAAGAAAUCCAACCAAUCCACGAUUCCCCCCAAAAUCUCAAAAAUGACAUCUCUAACAAACUUCACUCCUUUAAAACUAACAAACCCUAAUUACCUAACCACCACAACCACCUACAACCACCGGAAACUUUCCAAUUUCCGGUUCCGUUGCUCAAUUGCCAGAGAUUCCCCAACCGCUCCUUCAAUCUCCGGCGAUUCGAGUUCCCGGCCAUUGCUCGAUUGCGUGGUCGUCGGCGCCGGAAUUAGCGGACUGUGUAUAGCGCAAGCGUUGUCAACGAAGCACGGCGGCGACGUGGUCGUGACAGAGGCGCGUGAGAGAGUUGGAGGAAAUAUAUCGACAGUUGAAAGAGAUGGUUAUUUAUGGGAAGAAGGUCCUAAUAGCUUUCAACCCUCCGAUCCUAUGCUUACUAUGGUGGUGGACAGUGGAUUGAAGGAUGAUUUGGUGUUGGGUGAUCCAACUGCACCUCGGUUUGUGUUAUGGGAUGGUGAUCUGAAGCCGGUGCCUUCCAGUCCAUCUGAUUUGCCUACCUUUGAUCUGAUGAGCCUUGGUGGGAAACUCCGAGCCGGUUUUGGGGCUCUUGGAAUCCGCCCUCCACCUCCAGACCGUGAGGAAUCUGUUGAAGAGUUUGUCCGGCGUAAUCUUGGUGAUGAAGUUUUUGAACGUUUGAUUGAACCAUUUUGCUCAGGUGUUUACGCGGGGGAUCCAUCAAAACUUAGUAUGAAAGCAGCAUUUGGAAAGGUUUGGAAGCUGGAGCAAAAUGGUGGUAGCAUUGUUGGGGGAGCAUUUAAAGCAAUCCAAGCUAAAAAUAAGAGUACCAAGCCUCCUCGAGACCCGAGAUUACCAACACCGAAGGGCCAAACUGUUGGAUCUUUUAGGAAGGGACAAGCAAUGUUGCCUAAUGCCAUCUCAAAAGGGUUGGGUAGCAGAGUGAAGUUAUCCUGGGAGCUCGUAGGUAUCACUAAAUCUGAGAAUAGAGGGUAUAGUUUGACAUAUCGAACACCAGAUGGAUUGGAAAGUCUGCAGACUAAAACUGUUGUCAUGACUGUUCCAUCCUAUGUGGCUAGUGACUUGUUGCGUCCUCUUUCGGUGGAAGCAGCAGAUGCUUUGUCAAAAUUUUAUUAUCCCCCGGUUGCAGCUGUAUCUGUUUCCUAUCCAAAAGAGGCAAUUCGUGCGGACCGUUUGAUUGACGGUCAGCUCAAGGGUUUUGGUCAGUUGCAUCCACGAAGUCAGGGCGUGGAGACUCUAGGUACCAUAUACAGUUCGUCUCUUUUCCCUAACCGUGCUCCACCUGGAAGGGUUCUGCUCCUGAACUACAUUGGAGGGGCUACAAAUCCUGGUAUUUUAUCAAAGACGGAGAGUCAAAUUGUUGAAGCAGUUGAUCGCGACCUACGGAAGAUGCUGAUAAAUCCUAAAGCAGGAGAGCCAUUGACCUUAGGAGUGAAAGUGUGGCCUCGAGCGAUCCCACAGUUUCUGAUUGGUCAUUAUGACAUUUUAGAGGCUGCUAAAUGUGCUCUUAGUCUUGCUGGAUACCGGGGUAUGUUUCUUGGAGGGAACUAUGUAUCUGGUGUAGCUUUAGGUAGAUGUGUGGAGAAUGCCUAUGAGGUUGCAGCCGAUGUAAGUAAUUUUUUGUCACGGGGCGUGUACAAGUAAUACGUCACUCUUCGGAAAUUAGUGUUUAUGAGGUUAGUAAUUAAAGUUUUGGCACAAGGCAUGUGGAAGUGAAAACGCGGACUUUCAGUGAAGUUAGUCAUCUAUUCUCAAGCCUCAUGGCUAAAUGUAAUUCGAGUUAAUAUACUAAA